ACCCCAGUAACUGGACCAGGAAAUAUCCGAAUCCUCUAAAAGGAGCGAAAAUCUUGAAAAUAAGUCAAAAUUGGAGAGAGACCCAUAAAAACCCAGAACAAUGACUCUUUAACCCUGGAUUUGGGUUUAGUUCCUUCCUUGAAUAGACAGCAAGUAUUUCCCUACUUUGACAAACUCAAAUUCUGGUAGAAGAUACCAGUAUCUUUUGUUUUUGGGUUCAACCAGGGACUCGGUUCGUUCGUGGGUACUAACUACCGAGCGAGCUCAACUUCAGAAAAUCAACAAUGGGUCGUUCUCGUGGAAAUUUUCAUUCCCCUGACGAAGACCCCACUCAAAGAUCAAGGCGAAAGAAAAAUGCUUCCACUGGAGAAAAUUUAGAAUCUACCACAUCAGGUCAAGGAACUAGUGAAGGGAAAGCUUUAUACCAUUGCAAUUACUGCAACAAGGACAUAACAGGAAAGAUUCGAAUCAAGUGUUGCACCUGUGCUGAUUUUGAUCUAUGCAUAGAGUGUUUUUCUGUUGGAGCUGAGGUGCAACCUCAUAAAAGUAAUCACCCUUACAGGGUUAUGGAUAAUUUAUCUUUCCCUCUUAUCUGCCCUGACUGGAAUGCAGAUGAUGAGAUACUGCUUCUAGAGGGAAUUGAAAUGUAUGGCUUGGGAAACUGGACUGAAAUUGCUGAGCAUGUGGGGACAAAGAGUAAAGAGCAAUGUAUCAAUCACUAUACAGAUGUAUACAUGAACUCUCCACUAUUUCCUCUUCCGGACAUGUCUCAUGUUGUUGGAAAAAAUAGAAAGGAACUUCUUGCCAUGGCUAAGGGGCACAGUGAAGAGAAAAAAGGAUUGCCCAUGAUUGCGGAGCUUAAUAUAAAAGAAGAAUCUCCAUUUUCUCCAUCAAGGAUCAAAUUGGAAGAUUCACUCAAAGCUGGCUCCUCUAGCCGUUUACUAUCUAGCUUAAAUACUGAUUCUGGGCCUCGUACUAGUGGUGCAAGUGUAGCUGCUGCUAACAAAAAGCCUAAUGUAACCCAUGUUAAAGAUGGUCCUGUUGUAAAAGUUGAAGAUCCUCAGUCAGACAGGAGUUUUAAAGGGAAGAGACCAGUUUCAGGGAACGAGGGUUCUUUGGUCGAAAUGAGCGGUUAUAACUCUAAAAGACUGGAAUUUGAUCCUGAAUAUGAUAAUGAUGCUGAGCAGUUAUUGGCUGACAUGGAAUUCAAGGAUGCUGACACUGAGGAAGAGCGUGAAAUUAAAUUGAGAGUGCUGCGUAUCUACUCAAAGAGGCUAGAUGAGAGGAAGCAUCGGAAGGAUUUCAUAUUAGAAAGAAAUCUGUUGUAUCCUAACCAUUUUGAGAAUGACUUGUCGCCUGAAGAGAAGGCAAUAUGUCGACGAUAUGAUGUGUUCAUGCGUUUUCAUUCCAAGGAAGAGCAUGAAGAAUUGCUGCAGACUGUCAUUUCAGAGAAUAGAACUCUAAAAAGAAUUCAAGAACUUAAGGAGGCGCGCGCAGCUGGUUGUCGAACAUCAGUUGAGGCAGAUAGAUAUCUUGAACAGAAGAGGAAAAGGGAAGUUGAGGAAAAUGCGGGUGGUAGAACAAAGGAAAGUGCUCAUGUUGGUCCUAGCAGUCAAGGAGGUGGUUUCAUGAUCUCUGACACAAAUUCGAGACAGGUGGCUCCAAACUCUAUUGGAGACAUGGAUGUCAUGGGUUUUAAUGGUGCAGAUCUGCUAUCUGAAGCUGAGAAACGGCUAUGCAGUGAGACAAGAUUAACUCCACCUAUUUAUCUUAAGAUGCUAGAGGUUAUGUCAGUUGAGAUCUUCAGCGGCAACGUCACUAAAAAAUCGGAUGCCCAUCAGCUGUUCAAGAUUGACCCUAGUAGAAUCGACAAGGUAUACGACAUGCUCGUCAAGAAGGGAAUUGCUCAACCUUGAAUUUAAUAUAUAUAUUUUUUUCUCUUGUAUAUUUUUUUAUUAUAUUUAACAUUUUGCUGGAGCAAAAGGAAAAGGCCUGCAAAAUGUGUAGAAGAAACAUGAGGGAUUCAAUCCGAUUAGUAAAGGAACUCCAUUAACCAACAGAGCCAUCUCUCUCUCCCCCACCUAAAUAUGUUAAUGUAUAUAUAUUGUCAGGUGUGGUAAUACUAUUUAUGACAUUUGGAUUUGGAGGAGCA